AUGGCAAGUAAGUUGUCCAUUUUUAUCCUUUGUCUUGAUUUGGUAGUGGUUCAGACCACAGCAGCAAGAGAAAUGCCAAGUGACAAAGGUCUUUCUAACCAAAAGAAUGUUUUCGGAGGCGCUGAAGGUAUCGGGGACAUUGGUAGCAAUGCCCUGCCUUAUGGUGGAGUCAUAAGUGGAGUAGGUGUCAACGUUGGUGGAAUUGGUGCUGGAAUUGGUGGAGGAGCUAGAUUUGGUUCAGUAGGUGGAUUAGGUGGUGGACUAGGGGGUUUAGGAGGACUAGGUGGUGGCUUUGGUGGUGGUGUUGAUGCUAGUGGUGCUGAGAACCUUCCACGUCCAUAA